AUGGACGCCUGCGUCUCUGACGGCGCUCUCGUCGCGCGCCACAUUUCGGCCCCGUCAACGUUUGCUUAUGACCUCGGUAUAUUAUUUCAAAAAAUCGAUUUGUUUUCGUUCCAGGCGAACUGUCCGCAGCACAUCAUGGGUAAGAAGAAGACGUCAAUCGAUAAGAAGUCGGUCGGAUUCACAGAUCCGGCGCCGAGCCCAACGGAGAAGCCGUCUUCUGGCCUCAAACCGUCGCCGUCGAUGAACACGCUGAAUCGAAUGGAGCGCGACACGAUUGUUUUAUGGAAAAAGCCGUUCACAACAAUUUACUAUGCGAUUAUGGAGAUUGCCAAUAUAAUUAUUGAAUAUUUUUACAAGCUUCUAAACCACAAAAUUCUAUUGUUAGUGGCACUUGUGAAUAUUGGAUUAGCAAUUUACGGGUAUUACGCGCCGGGUCCACAUCAGGUUCAUGUGCAAAAAAUCGAGAAACACAUUUUAUGGUGGACAUGGUGGGUGUUCCUUGGAGUUUUAUCAUCGAUUGGCCUCGGUUCGGGUCUUCACACGUUUUUGAUUUAUUUGGGACCACAUAUUGCGGCGGUCACACUCGCUGCUUAUGAAUGCGGAAGUUUGGACUUCCCGGAACCGCCCUAUCCGGAAAGCAUCGCAUGUCCGGACACGAAAUCGAAAUCGGCCAUCACGAUAUGGCAAAUCAUGGCGAAGGUGCGCGUCGAGUCGCUCCUCUGGGGAGCCGGAACAGCGCUCGGCGAGCUUCCGCCGUAUUAUAUGGCGCGUACCGCUCGACUCGGCGGACAGCAACCCGACGAUGAGGAGUAUCGAGAGUUUCUGGCGCUAAUGAACGCCGAAAAAGCGGGAAACACGGAUGAACUGUCAUGGACGGAUCGCGGCAAACAAUGGGUGGAGAAGUUCAUCUCGCGCGUCGGCUUCCCGGGAAUUUUGAUAUUCGCCUCGAUUCCGAAUCCGCUUUUCGAUUUGGCCGGCAUCACGUGCGGACACUUUUUGGUGCCGUUCUGGUCGUUUUUCGGCGCCACACUCAUCGGAAAAGCGAUUGUCAAAAUGCAUGUUCAGAUGCUAUUCGUGAUAAUCGCGUUCAGCGAGCAUCACGCGGAGAAUGUUGUCGAUCUACUCGGAAAGGUGCCAGCGCUCGGUCCGCACAUUCGACAGCCGAUUCGCGAUCUGCUCGACAAACAACGCAACUCAUUGCAUCGGACGCCCGGCGAGCACGUCGAGACGAGCUCAUCGAUGCUCGCCACCGUGCUGUCGGCGAUAGUGAGCCUCAUGAUUCUUGGAUUCCUGUUGUCGAUCAUCAACUCGCUGGCGCAAUCCUACCACAAACGUCUGUGGGAUCGCACUCGGAAGCAGCAAAAGAUUUUGGCGAAUAGUGAACCGACUGCUGAUAGUGCUCUGCUCGAUGGCGAACAAUUGGAGAGUGUGGAUGUUAGAAAAUCGUAG